UGACUCGUGAAAUCAAAAUGUGCGGCAGAAGCCCAGAAUAUAAUGCAUAUUUCGCCGCAGGAUCUGCGAUAUUCGUUUCCUUUUUGAACAUAAUUCUGGAAAGCAUAAAACGAUCUGAACAGUGGUUUCUUGUGGUUCACAUUGUGAUCUGGUCUGGGUUAAUCCUAGUCGCCAUUGUUCUGAUCUUCGGAAUCUAUUAUGAAAAUAAGUUUCUUGUGAUGGUAUGGAUCGUGUUAAUGCUCGUGUUCGGAGUCGCUUUGCUCGCUUUACGCAUCCUAGAUCUAACGAAACUCUCUGAAAAUAAUGAAAUUAUUAGGACCUCAAUUAGAAUUUUAUUCCACUGCGCGCUUUUUUCAGUUUGGCUUUGGAUAUCAAUUGUAUACUAUCUGACGCUCUGACGAUACCGAUUAUGAUUAGGAAUGAAAUUUUUGUAUUUAAUAAAGUAUGAA